GGCUGCUGCACAGACUUUGCCUGUCUGUGAUGACGGCACAAAGUGAAGAGACAAUUUUCUAUAGCUCAUCACGGGCCACAAUCAACCUAUAAAUUAUUAUUAUAUUACACAAUUUGUUGUCGCAAUGCGCCGCCUCGCUGGCCUCACCGCCGCCCUGCUCCUCCUGCUCCUGUCCUGCUGCAGUCCUGUCCGGGGGUAUUUUGCGGAGGAGCGCUGGAACCCCGAAUCUCCGCUCCUCGCUCCCCGGGUUCUUCUUGCCCUCAUUUGCAGAAACUCCGAACACUCCUUGCCGUAUUUCCUGGGUACUAUUGAGCGCCUCAACUACCCCAAGGACCGUAUGGCACUAUGGGUAGCAACAGAUCAUAACGAGGACAACACCACAACCAUUCUGCGUGACUGGCUUGUAAAGGUACAGAACCUUUACCAUUAUGUGGAGUGGAGGCCAAAAGAGGAACCCAGAAAUUAUGACGAUGAGGAAGGUCCAAAACACUGGACAGAUCCCCGUUACGAGCAUGUUAUGAAGCUUCGGCAAGCAGCGCUGGAGUCUGCUCGUGAGAUGUGGGCAGACUUCUUUAUGCUAGCAGAUUGUGACAACCUUCUCAUCAAUUCCAAUGUCCUCUGGGAGCUCAUGAAACAGAAUAAGACCAUCAUUGCUCCCAUGCUUGAAUCUCGUGCAGCCUACUCAAACUUUUGGUGUGGAAUGACUUCCCAGGGUUACUAUAAGAGGACCCCUGCCUACAUACCCAUUAGGAAGCAGGCACGGAAGGGCUGUUUUGCUGUUCCUAUGGUGCACUCCACAUUCCUAAUAGACCUCAGGAAAGAGGCCUCCAGGCAGCUGGCCUUUCACCCACCACACCCGGACUACAGCUGGGCUUUUGAUGACAUUAUUGUGUUUGCAUUCUCUGCUCGGAUGGCAGAGGUUCAAAUGUUUGUAUGUAACAAGGAGACCUAUGGAUACUUCCCUGUGCCACUACGCUCCCACAAUACUUUGCAAGAUGAAGUGGACAGCUUCUUACACACCAUGUUAGAAGUUAAUGUACGAAAUCCCCCGGUGAUGCCGUCCAAAUACAUAAGUGUUCCUAGAAAACAACCUGACAAAAUGGGCUUUGAUGAGGUGUUCAUGAUAAACUUGCAGAGGCGGAGUGACCGCAGAGAGCGUAUGCUGAGGGCAUUAUACCAGCAGGAGAUUGCUUCUAAGGUUGUUAAUGCUGUAGAUGGAAAAGCAAUGAAUGUGAGUGAAGUUCAUACUAUGGGCAUCCAUAUGCUUCCUGGAUACAGUGACCCUUAUCAUGGUCGUCCACUGACAAAGGGGGAGCUGGGAUGCUUUCUUUCCCACUAUAACAUCUGGAAAGAGAUUGUGGAACGAGGUCUGCACACAUCUUUAGUGAUAGAAGAUGAUUUGCGCUUUGAGGUCUUCUUCAAACGUCGCUUGAUGAAUUUAAUGAAUGAGGUGGAGCAUGAAGGUCUAGAUUGGGAUCUCAUUUAUAUUGGUCGAAAGAGAAUGCAAGUGGAUCACCCGGAGAAAGCAGUGCCGAAUAUACAUAACUUAGUGGAGGCAGACUAUUCAUAUUGGACACUAGGAUAUAUGAUAUCGCUACAGGGUGCACAGAAGCUUUUAAAAGCAGAACCACUGAAGAGGAUUUUGCCAGUGGAUGAGUUUCUUCCUAUCAUGUACAAUAAACACCCUGUAUCUGAUUAUAUGGAACAGUUUGAAACCAGGGACCUGCUGGCAUUUUCCGCAGAGCCUCUCCUUGUGUAUCCAACCCACUAUACAGGCGACCCAGGAUACAUCAGUGACACUGAGACCUCCACUGUGUGGGACAAUGACAAGAUCCGUACAGACUGGGACAGAGCACGUUCAGGGAAAAGUCAUGAGCAGGCUGAAAUCAGCACAGAGGCCCAGAACUCAGAUGUGCUUCAGUCCCCUUUGGACAGUACAGCACGGGAUGAGCUAUGAGAGAAAGGGACCAAGAGCCUUGGAAAAAUGUAAAGGUCCAUAAAACACACCACCUUGGUUUGUAAUCAUGUUCCAUCUUUGACAGUUUUGAUUUUUGCAUCAUAGCAGGGAUGUGGUAUCAAAAAAAAUAUAGAACAAUUUAAUUUAUCAGAAGUGACAAGUUAUAAAGGGACCAUGUAUGUCAUGUUUUCUAUCGUGGUCAGUUUUUAACUUUAUAAAAGGCACUAGACUUGCCAUUUGGAAUGGCAUUUGCAGUACCCACCUCCUGUCUGUCAUACAGAAAUAAAAAUGUGUACUGAUAAAGAAUUAAACUGGACUGUUGCAUUUCAGUGACACUAAUUUGACAUUAGACUGUGAAAUGUGUUUUUGUCAAGGCUACAAAUGAACUUGGCUACAACAACACUGACUCCACGCCACAGAGCAAAAUUAAGGUGUUUUAAAUCAGCCUAUGCAAAAAGUUGGAAUUGGCAGUACUGUAGAGACUUAUGGCAAAAUUCUAUCAAAGUGACAAAAUUCAGAAUCAUAGAUUUGCAGGAAUACUGAGGCAAAUAUAACACAAGUGCAUUUUGUUGCUCAUUUUGUGUUUUAUUUUUUAUUUUGUUUUGUCCUGCAUGUUUGUUCUGCAGACUACUCUGGUAAUUCCACAAACCACCUUAUGAUGCAUACAUGAGACGAACCACCCUACAAAGUAUAACUCUAAAAGGGUUAUACCACUGGCCCACAUCCGAAUGCACAUCAGCCUCUUCACUACCUCUCUUCCACAGAUGCGGUGCUGGUACCAGUCCAAGUUCUGCUUUGGUUUCUUGUGAGAAAGAGCACACAUUUAGAUAAUUUUGGGAACCAAACCUUACAUAUCCUUACGUAGCUUAUGAUUAUGUAGCGUUAUGUAGUGAAUUUAGGGUAUUUUCCAUGUGAAUAAAAUUAGUGCACCCAGGCUGGCCACUGUGGGCUGCAUAUAUGAAUAACCUGUGAAUUUUUUGUGGCAGCCCUUCUCAUUACCACUGAUGUCCAUUGUUCUAAUUUUGGGACCAUCAGUUUUGUGGUGGUGUGAAUGCGUUUGUCUUUUUUUUUUUUUUUUUGGUGGAACUCCGUGAAACUGGUUCUAGAUUAAGCACCAGCACUGCAUUGGUGGAAAAGGGCUACACAUUGAACUGAUCUGAGAUGGAACUGCAAACUGAAUGUUGAACACUUUGAGUUGGGUAGUCUUGAAUUGUCUUAUCAUAAGAGAAGUGCGGAUCGUUGUGCUUCUAACAGUAUACUCAUUGUGCCAUGGUUUCCCUCAUCAUAUGCACAGAUUACUGGAGAAGCUGAUUUCUAUGGAGUACUGAUGGGAGCUAUUCACUCACUAAUUGUGCACAAAAAUGUUAAUGGUACUGGUGCCAACAAAAAAUAAAAUGUUUUA